AUGCAGUGGCAGGCGCCUCCGAACCUUCCUCUGUGGCUGGUUCUCUGGUUGCAGCUCGGCGAGUUCGUGCAAGAAAAGCUCUCGCAGGCCGUGCGGGAGCGCGAAUGCCCCGCCUGGGAGCCUGCUGCGCAGGAGUGCCCCGCGCCCGCGCCCGAGCCCCCAGCAGGCUGGGAGCGUGGCCCGCUGCUGUGGUGGGCGGGGCAGGUGCUCGGCGGCGCCGCGUGGCACGUGUGGCAGGCGCGGCGAGGACAGGAGUUCUGGCGUGAGGCGGCCGUGGGCUCGCGGGCCCGCGUGAGCUAUUCAGAUGAUGACGUGGAUCACGAGAGACAUCUGCUGUGGCCAGCUCGACGUGUAUGCGAAGACGGGUCGGGCAUAGAGGACGACGAAGUCUGGUGGGUUCUCUCUCCCGACGGAGACGUGUGGAAGGAGCGGCUCGACGGAGAAGAUCCUCUCACGGGCCCCAGCGGGGCUCGGCCGAUGCCGAACGUAGGCUACCCGUUGCUUGGCGCUCGGCGGCUUUACAAGUCCAGGGAGAGACCGAGUCACGAGCAGAUCAUGACGCUAAGCAAGGGGUGCCGCGACGUCGAGACGGCGAGGGGACAGAAGCUGGAGCAAUGGCCAAAGUACGUUAUCGGGGACGACGGUCAUCGAACGGAGCUGUCGGCUGUUCUGCGUGCACCUCGAGGUGAUCUGGCUCAGCUUGUGGACGUCUCACCCCCUUCCGACACGAUCUGGGUGCUGAUGGAGUCAGGCGGCGGACGGGCCAUAGGCGAGGAAGUGCACAUGACACCGACGGACGUGAUUACUGGAAGCGACGGGCUGAAGUUCAUGGGCUCGGAGGUGUCUCGAGUGCGUCGGGUGGGUGUCGGUAGUGCACCCGCCUUGGCCAUUGAGCAGAUAGCGCGCCUGCGCCGAGCCAUAGACGUAUUGGAGCCUCAGGACCAGCUCGGGCUGAACACUAGCGAGACCGCGGGCGAGGCUGGCAGUGGAGAGGAGCGUAUAGCGACCAGUAGCGUAGGCGACGUGAGGACCCUCAGCGUGGACUUCGACGGGCACGGGGAAAGGUUCAAGGCCAUGUACAAGAGCGGGGGCGACCCGAUGCGCUGGCUGGCCGAGUGGAGCCGAGAGCACCGCAUCGAGCGCACGGAUCGGAUCUACCACGAGCUGGAGGUUCUCUGCCUGAGCUUGGGCGGUCUGCGGUCGCUGGAGAGGCUCGCGAGGCGAAUUCAGGCGGUUGACAGCCUCAAUUGGCUGGCAGGGGCAUCCGCGGGGUCUUCCACGACGCCCGUGGCGGCCGCGCAGCUCGACGUCGCGCAGCGCAUCGAUGGGCAGGUGAACGACGUCGCGCAGCCGAUGCGGGGCGUGGGGCUGCAGCCUCCGCAUUCAGCCUUGCGGGAGUUGAUGCGAGGGAGGCGCCCGCGCUUCGCGAGCUGCUUCGGGGGCGGGCGCGCCAGUGCGUGGAUGGGGCAGGGCGAGCGCAUGCUGCGGGGCCACGAGAGCGCGCUCGAGGCGCUGGAGCGUUGUCCGCGGGCGCCCUUCAGCGAACCAUCGCUGGUGCGGAGCCGGCGGCGGUACGGUGACUUUGUGAGGGAUCUCGCGAAACGUGGGCUGGUGUCAUGUGCACGUCAGGUCUCGGAGACGGUGGGCAUCUUUUUCGCGUGGAGCAACGCUUGGUUGAUAGGUCCCCCGUCGGUGCAGUUGCUGACAGCGGAGGGUCUCUCGGCCUUCGAACUCGAGGAGGACGGGGGCGCCGAGGGCCAUCUGCAGGCGGCCUUCCAGGCGGCGCUCAAGGACGUGGAGUUCUCGGCGGGGGUGGCGGACGUGAAGGGCGCCUUCCACCGCGUGCGGCUGCCGCCCUGGAUGAAGCGCUUGUUCGGCCUGCCCGCCCUGGAGGCCGGGGACGUCAGGCUCCACGGGGCGAUGCUGGAGGGGAAGGUGCUCGGCUACGACGACGUCAUCUUCCCUGUCCCCGAGGCUCUCCCGAUGGGACGUACGUGGAGCCUGUGCCUGUGCCAGAGCGUGGCGGAGCUCCGCUGUCAGUUCGCGCCGAGCCUUCGCGACGGCGCGCCCCUCAGCGACGUGGGGAAGCCAUUGGUGCUCAGGUUGGCGGCGGGCACGGCGCAGAUCGAGCACUACGUGUACGUCGACAACAUAGGCGUGAUCGGGCAGAACGGGGGGCGCGUGAGCAGCAGCCUCGACGAGCUGGCGCAGGCCUUCGAGGCCGUGGGUCCACGCGUCCACGGGCGUGAGGUUCGGUGUGACGGCAUCGAGGUGCUCGGCGUGGUGCUGGGCGGCCAGAGGCUGCAGACGCGCCCGACGUCGAAGAGGGGAGAGGACGUGGCUCUCUGUGUUGACGAAGGCGAGAAGGCCUUGACCGAAUCCACGCUGCCCAGGGGUGACUACGAGAUGGACCCGGAGUUCCGUGAGGCCGUUGUUGACGCCCCGGACACUGCCGAGGGCUCGGCCGACGGCGACGGGCCCUUCCCCAGCAGCGGAGCCAUCGUCGGCGUCGCGGCUGAGGGUGCUCACGUGGGAGAGAGCUCGAGGCGCGCCACUGGGAAGCGGGCUCGGUCUGCUGGGGAGAGCUUGGGCGGCGCUACCAGCGAGUCCGAGGCCGCCGUCGAGCUCAAGCGGCGGAGGACACUGGUGAGGCUUGUGAAGAGGCGGCACCUGGCGGUAGCUCGCGCGAUCGAGGACGGGGUGUCGCUCGACCGAUACUUGAGAGUGGUCGGGCAGCUGAAGCAGAGGUCAGGCCGCCAGGACUUUUUCGAGAUGCCAGCGGAGACGAUGGACGCCUGCCUGGACCACUACUUCACCUCGCUGUACCUGCUGGGCAAGCAGGCUUCGACGGGGAUGUAUGUCGCGGCGGCGGUGAACCACAUCUACCCAAAGUUUGGACGCCUGGGGGCAGACACACUACGCCCUGGCGACAUAGUGAAACCAGGAGGUGGCAGUCAGCACUGGGGGCUCCUCAUGCACCCCCAGGAGCGAGAAACGCCCGACAAAGUGGGGGAGUUCGACCUGAGCGUGAGGCUGGACUCCUCGUGGCUACGGUGGAUCGGGCCAGUCCUGAGCGAGAUGCAGAUGCUCGGUCCUCGGAAGCCUGUGUGGGACUUCGACUACCCCGAGCUGCUGCGCAAGAUGAAGGCGGCCUGCCGCAGGAUGCAGCUGCGGCCCGUCACGCCGUGUCAGGCGGGGCACUCGGGGGCGAGCAUCGACCGUGCCAGCGGCGAGAGGACGCAGGCAGAGGUGCGGCGGCGGGGAGGUUGGCGCCAGUUGAUGAACAUGGCGCGCUACGAGAAAAGCGCGCGCCUCGGGCAGCGCGCGCAGAUGCACGGGCCGAUGCUGGAGGCGUACGGCGACCAGUGCUUGCGCGAGCUGGAGCAUCCAGCCCUCGCCGAGCGGUGCAAAGCGCUCCUGAUCGGGGACGGGCUGGCCACGAUCGGGUCGGGCCUCGCCGAAAGUGGGGUGCCUACCCGGAUGUGGCGAGGCGACGCCCUCGGUGACGAGCGGCUGGGCGCGCCCUUGGAGCGCCGCCUUCAGGCGCACCUGCGGCGUGGUGAGGUAGCCGCGCUUUUCCUGUCGCCCGCGGUACCGUCGGCAAACAAAGCUACAGGUAGAUACCGCAGGGACGCCGGCUCUGGCCACAUCUCGUUAGCCAACCCGAUGUGCCAGAUAGUUUCGUGA